AAGUAAAAACUGGAAAAUAAUAAAAUGUCUCGUUUAGCAGAUUAUAAAAAUUAAUUUACUUAAAAAGCAACAUAUAUAGAUUCAGCAGUUGACUAUUUGAACUUUUAAUAAUUAUUGAAUAAAGAAGAUAAUGAUUUCAGGCUAAAACUAAGAGAAUUUCUUCAGCUUAACAUAGCUCCGACAAUAAAUGAAUAUGUAGAAAGUGCAGAAUUUCCUGAAGAAUAUAUUCCAAAGUUAAAAGAAAUAUAAUUAUUAAAAAAUUUAACAGAUAAGCCUUAUGGCAAUAGUUCUUCAAUAUUAGCUUAAGGGGUUUUGUAUUUAGAAUUAUCAAGAUGUGAUCCUGGCUUGGCAACAUUUGUAAUUGUCUAACAUGGACUUUUAAUGUCUACAAUAAAUUAAUUAGGAAGUCAAGAAUAAAAAGAUAAAUAUUUACCAUUAAUGAGAGAUUUAGAACUUACAGGAGGAUGGGGAUUAACAGAAUUUAAAAAUGGAAGUGAUGCAACAUCAAUAUAAACUACAGUUAAAUCGACAAAAGAUGGAUGGGUAUUAAAUGGAGAUAAAAGAUGGAUUGGAAACGGCAACAGAGAUAUAAUGGUAGUAUGGGCACGAAAUAUAGAAGAUAAUAAUAAGAUAUAAGGCUUUUUAUUAAACUUGAAAACUCCAGGAGUUCAUACAGAAGUAAUAAAACAUAAAUUAGCUCUACGAAUAGUCCAGAAUUGUCAAUUAAAUUUCUAAAAUGUAUUUAUUCCUAAAGAAAACUAUUUAGUGAAAGCAACUGAUUUUUCAAAAGGAACAUCUAAAAUUCUAUUACAUUCCAGAAUUUUGGUUUGUUGGUUAGCUGCUGGUAUUGCUGUUGGUGUUUAUGAUCAUGUAAUUAAAUACAUUAGUGAAAGAAAAUAGUUUGGAAAACCCGUUUCUAGUUUUUAAUUAUAACAAGAAAAGUUAGUAAGAAUAAUGGGAUAUUGCUAAUCCAUUCUUUUAAUGUGUUGGAGAGUUUCUACUAUUUAUGAUUAAGGAAAAGCAACAUUAGGUCAAGCAACAUUAUGUAAAGCUUUUACAACUUCAAAAACUCGGGAAAUUGCCAGAUUAGGUAGAGAAAUGUUCGGAGGAAAUGGAAUUAUUAUUGAUAAUUAUGUAAUGAAAGCUUUAGCUGACAUUGAAGCUUUAUACACAUACGAAGGUACUUAUGAUAUUAAUUCUUUAGUUGCAGCAAGAGAAUUAACUGGAGUUGCUGCUUUUAAAGUAUCAGUAAAAUAAUGAAGAUUUGCUAUUUAAAAAAAAUAAAAAAAUAUUUAAUUUUUUUUUUAUUUAUUUUUGUUUUCAAUUUUCAUCAAACAAAUUUUAAAAAUAACUCUUAAAU